AUGAUAUGGCUCUUGAUGGACCAGUGGUUCCUGAUCAUGGUCGGCGUGCUAGUUCUGCUCGCGUCCCAGAUUCAAGUCCCAGAAUCGCACCAAGCAUCGAAGAGCGACGUUGUCAACUUCCUUUGCGUCGGGAUCAUCGUUGCGAUCACGGGUCUUACGCUGCCCACACAGGCGACCGUAUUUGGCGUCGUCGCGUUGCUGGGAACGAACCACCAUUUUAUGGAUGGAGGCCUGAUGGUCGGGCUCGUUUCUAUGGGUUGCAUCUCAACGUUGGUGCUGAUGACCCGAAUUGCACAUGGAAACGACGCCGUGACGGUCGUCGAGUCCACUCUGGGCAAAAUCCUCGCGCCCUUCCUCACUCCCCUGCUUAUGAGCAUGUAUCUUGCUUGCGACGCCUGGUGGACGCACUCCGUCCCGACCUCCUCGAGUGACUUCGGCCCGCUUUAUCGACGCGUCUUCAAGCAGCUCGGGCUCAGCAUGCUGCUGCCCCCUUUCGUCGGUCAGCUCGUCCAGAACAUCUCCCCUUCGUACAUCAAGACGAUCAUGACGAAAUACAAGGUGGCGAAGUUAUCAAGCUUCAGCCUGCUGGUCAUCAUCUGGUCGACAUAUGACAAGGGGUUUUCUUCGGGCGCCUUUACCGUCGUCGCAUCCAGAGUCGCAGGACUGAGCAAGCGGUAUACGAUCGCGGCCGGGAGUGUGGCGACGAUACCGUUCAGGAGGGAGUUGUCCGACCCCAUGAGGCUCGCGGACGGGUGGGAUUCGGAAUAA